AUGUAUGACGCCUGCCAGUUGUUAUCCACCAUCAUUACCUUCGCGCCCCCAAACGUACUCUUUCUAUGCGACAGACACUGGCUUGGUACAUGCAUCCCGCCAGUUCUCCAGCUUCUAGCUCCGGCCCUCGGUCUACUAGCUUUGCCGGUCUCUCUUCACCUGUCCGCUUUUGAUCUCGUUCAGGCGCAUCAUGAGAUCCGCUCGUUUCUGGAACCUCUGCAGCCCUGGUGGCUACACGAAAUACAUAGCCAUCCUCCACCACUCGACUUCGGCGGCGCUUCGUUUAACUGUCUCGACUCACCGACGACACGUCCAUUAUACACCACGAGAGCAGGAUUACAUCUACCUAAGCUGUGCCAGCACCGAGCUGGUGGAGACGGCUUCAUGUCCUCCGACCAACCCCGAGUCGUCGAGAGCAGACCAUCGGCCCUCACGUCCAACCCGGUACACGAAGCCGAGGACGAAAAGGAUCAUGGCACUGUCGAACGGCCACUGGAGGGCGACCAAAUUCGAGGAGUCAUUCGCCUGAUACAAUGCCGAAAAUGCUCCCACCUUCUCCAAGAGCCAAUUACACUUCCUUGCGGUCGAAGCCUCUGUAAACAAUGUGUCCCAGAAACACACACUCGAGAAAAUAUAUCAUAUCCCGCCACGCCAAAUAGAUUACAAGGCUUCGAAUGCCCUUAUGUGGAAUGUGGGAAGAACCAUGCCGUGGGCGACUGUGGCGUUGAUGUCAUCCUCACCAAGGCAGUCAACAACUUCAAGUUUGAGAUGGAGAAGGCGAAAGAGACGAGCACCAAAGCCGAGAUCUCCACGCAUGUCAUCAUCAACAGUUCAGGUGCUGGGCAGUCAGAUAUGAGGGACGACAACGCAGAAGUGGCGAGGGUUGUGAAAGGAGGCCCCCUGCUCGCAGUCUAUACGUUGGCAGAUACAGGCGAGUUGGACUACAACUCAGCCGUCACUUUUGCCGAAGUCUCGUCACUCGGAGAUGAGGCUACAUCAAUCGACUCAAGGACAUUUUCCAAAGUAAAGGAAUCUGUACGCACGGAAAUGGACUGCCAGGUUUGCUAUGCCUUGUUCUACGACCCUCUCACGACAGUUUGCGGCCACACUUUCUGUCGAUCGUGCUUACACCGCGUGUUGGACCACUCCUCCUACUGUCCGAUUUGUCGACGAGGGUUGUCAGUUAGCCCUCUGCUAUACCAGGAGUCAUGCCCAUCAAAUGAGAGUCUGAAAACCAUCAUUCAGACUUUUUGGGCCGAUGCCGUUCUCACAAGAGGCGAUGCUUUGGCGGCGGAAGCAAUGAACAGACAUCGGGAGUUUGAUAUUCCUAUUUUUGUCUGCACAUUGUCGUUUCCAAUGAUGCCGACCUUUCUCCAUGUCUUUGAGCCGCGCUAUCGCCUGAUGAUACGCCGAGCUUUGGAGGGCGACCGAACUUUCGGCAUGGUGCUACCUCAACGACCCCGGACAGCCAACGACACACACUUUGUGCAAUACGGAACCCUCUUACGCAUUGUGAACGCCGAGUACUUUGCAGACGGCAGGAGCCUGAUCGAGACAUCUGGCAUAUCACGCUUUAGAAUAACCAGACAUGGCAUUUUGGAUGGAUAUUUGGUGGGGAAAAUUGAACGGAUUGACGACAUAUCGAUCGCGGAGGAAGAAGAUCUAGAGGCAACCGAGACACAACAAGCCCUAGAAAGAUACGAAAGCGCAGCCACACAUCAGAGCGAAGACUCGAGUUUGCCGAGACCACUUACGACUACCCCCGAGGAUCUCUCAACAAUGCCAACUAGCGACCUUCUGUCCUUGGGUGUUUCCUUUGUGCAGAGAAUGAGGCAACAAAGCGUGCCGUGGCUGGCACAACGAAUGCUGGCUAUUUAUGGGGAAUGCCCCAACGAUCCGGCACUUUUUCCUUGGUGGUUUGCCAGCAUCCUGCCAGCCAAGGAAUACGAGAAGUACAAACUUUUGGAAACACGAAGCGUCAGAGAGCGACUCAAGAUCUGCUGCGGCUGGAUUUUGGAAUGGGAGUCAAGCAGGUGCCUCGAAGAUAACAGCUUUGUUGAUGAUUCUCAUGCUUCGUCAGAUACCCCCGAUGUAACCAGGGAUAUAUGCUCAGCAAGUGCCACCACGCGAGGGAUGUUCUCCAGAGGGGACAUUGGCACCUUAUUCAUACUAGACAAGCCUACGACCGUCCACUACAACUUUCACACAUCCGUCCUCCUUUGCCACAACACGACCGAUUUUGCCAUCUUUCAAGCAACUGUCUUUCCGUCAUCAUUCACCACCUAUUAUUAUCACCUCAAAAUGUUUUCCACCGCUUCAAGGACACAUUCAACGACAAGCGCUUCGGCAAGGAAGCCAGGAAUGAUUGAAUCAACGCCCGCACAGCGGACAUCAAUGAAGGCUGGUGCGUCCGAGUUGGCCGAAACUGGUGCGGAAUUGGAAAUCAUAGAUGACUUUGCCAAGAAACCAGUGUUGUAG